AUGCGUACUCACGCCUCCCUCCUCAGCCUGCUGGGCGUCUACAUAGCCCAAGUUGCAGCUCAUCCUACUGAACGAACCUCUAACGCCAACAAGCAUGGCUACACUGAUUGGCGCACUUUCCAAGCUAAUGGUGUGAACCUGGGUGGGUGGCUCGAGCAGGAAUCUACAAUCGACACCUUCUGGUGGGCCAAGGAAUGCGCUGGCGCCACAGAGCUCUGUGAUCUAGGAGAAUGGGGUCUCUGUGAGCACUUGGGGGCCGAUUGCCCGCGCGUCUUUGAACACCGCUACGAGACCUACAUCACAACAAGUGAUAUCGACAAGCUAGCCGCCGCAGGUGUGAACUUCCUGCGCAUCCCAACUACAUACGCGGCGUGGAUCGACCUGCCAGGCUCUCAAAUGUACCACGGAAAGCAGCAAGAGCACCUCCACCGCAUUGCUACCCACGCGAUCGAGAAACACAACAUGCACGUUGCUGUCGACAUUCACUCUCUGCCCGGUGGCACGAACGGCCUAGAUAUCGGUGAGGCAACAGGCCACUGGGGUUGGUGGUGGAACCAGACAGCGCUUGACUGGUCGAUGAAGGCCGUCGAUGCUGUUGUCGACUUCAUCCAGAAAUCAGGUCACCCAGAGGCAUAUAGUAUCGAGCCCAUCAACGAGCCGGCCGAUAACCACAACUUCUCGGACUUUGGAACCGCCGCUGCAUUGUCGGAUCAUGGUGCCGUAUGGUUGCUGAAAUAUUUCAAUGAGGUCGUGGAGCAUGUCAAGGCCGUUAACCCGUUGAUCCCUGUUGUGAUCCAGGGUAGCUUUAAGCCUGAGAAAUUUUGGUCACCGCGUUUCAACAAGGAUGAGAACAUCGUGUUCGAUCUGCACCACUACUAUUAUCAGUAUGAUAAUUCGACUUCAGAGAAUCUACCAACAUUCAUCUGUGCUGAUGCGAAGGUGAGUGCUGGUGAUGGCAAGUUCCCCACAUUCGUGGGUGAGUGGGCUAUGGAGACUGGUGGUAGCAACGAGCUGGCUCUCAGGGAAAGGAAUCUCAAGGCGGGCAUCUCGGCUUUCGCGCAGUACACCCGUGGAAGCUCGUACUGGACUUCCAAGUUCCUGAGCAAUGCCACUAUUUCUGGACAGGGUGAUAAGGGUGAUUAUUGGAAUUAUGAGGGAUUUAUUGAUGCUGGGUUCCUCAAGGGACAGGUGCAGCAGCCAAACUACUGUUCUUAA